AUGAUGAUGCAGAAGCUUUUAUCUGAAAAAUCAACAUGCGUUCUCGAGGUUAUUACAAUGAUGAAGAACAUGCUUCAUAUGUGGAAUAAACCAGACAAAAAGAAAAGUGUCAUUAAUGAAGACAUAGUAACAGAAAUCCUUCUGAGGCUGCCAGCAAAAUCAAUCUACAAAUUCAAGUGCGUCUCCAAAACAUGGCUAAAAAUCAUAACUGAUCCCUGGUUUGGCCAUGCUUAUAACUCUUCCAAUGGUCUUCCAGUUCUCGCCGGUUUUUUCCAUGCAGAUGACAACUGUGACUUGAUCUUUAAUCCUGUUAACCACCAACUCUUGUCCCCAUCAUUGAAUCACGCCCCUCUCAAUCUGCUAGGCCUCUCCACUUCUUCCAAUGGAUUCUUGCUCUUGUGCAUAACCGAUGGACAGAAAAUUGUCUACAACCCUGUCACCAGAAGAAGAUUAAUGAUACCAAAAAUGAAAGGAAAUCAAGAAUGGAUCCAUGCAUUUGGCCUGAUACAUGAAAAAGAUAAUCAUGUCAAGGCAGUAUUUGCUUAUAAGCUUGUGACAGAUGACAUACAAACGGCAUUAAAAAUUGAUAGUUUUACACGCGACAAUAAAAUAGUUGAGUUGCCAAAGGACUGGCCGGAGAUGCUCGUCAAAUGGCAAUGCAUGACAAAGAACGUUGAAUUCAGGGUAUAUUGUAGCAAGAAGAAUGAGUGGAAUAGUAAGAGAUUGGUAAGUAAGUUUCCAAGAUAUGUGUGUUUCCAACCUGAACACAAGGCUGGUGUCUCGAUCGGAGGCAAUUUGUAUUGGAUGACAAUGGACGGAGCGGUGCUGAGCUAUAACAGUGAGAGUGAGACGGCAGAGUUGAUCAGUGCACCGGCAUCGAGUGCAGGAUUGGAUGCAAAGUCUAUGCAUUGCAGUGCCAAUGAAAUUCUUGUGUAUUGUGCAAGAGAGAGGAUGACAGAAGAGGUGGUGAUAUGGGAGCUUAGCGAUCGGAAAACAUGGGUUGCUAAGGAGAGGGUGAAGUUGCAUGGUCUGAAGAACUUCCAUCUGGUAAAGAUUUUGUAUGUUUGUCAUGAAAUGCAGGCUGUGUUCGUGCAGACGUUGAAGGCUGUGUACAGGUUUGGUGUCAGUGAGAACGAGGGUAAGCAGAUUUGUACUCUCCGAUCUGGUGUAAGGAUGACUCCUUAUCUGAUGUCUCCAUGGCCUGCUUCUUUAAUUGGGGAUGAAGCAUGGCCUUCAUCAUCUUCAUCAUCUAAGAACAAAAAUAGUGGAUCAACGACUAAGUUGAAAAUUCAUUACCAUACCAUUCAUGAGUAG